AUGACGUAUUUGUAUUUCUCCAACAUCGCAUAUCAAUUUCUCUCUCUAUCUUUCUCUCUCUAUCUCUCCCUCUAUGAUCUAUCUUUAAAACAGCUAAUAUCUAUCUAUCUAUCUAUCUAUCUAUCUAUCUAUCUAUCUAUCCUCUCUUUGUAUCUAUCUAUCUAUCUAUCUAUCUAUCUAUCUAUCUAUCUAUCUAUCUAUCUAUCUAUCUAUCCUCUCUUUGUAGCUAUCUAUCUACCCACUCUUUCUAUCUAUCUAUCUAUCUAUCUAUCUAUCUAUCUAUCUAUCUAUCCUCUUUUUGUAUCUAUCUAUCUACCCUCUUUUGUAUCUAUCUAUCUAUCUAUCUAUCUAUCUAUCUAUCUAUCUAUCUAUCUUUCUAUCCUCUCUUUGGUAUCUAUCUAUCUAUCUAUCUAUCUAUCUAUCUAUCUAUCUAUCUAUCUAUCUAUCUAUCUAUCUACCCUCUCUUUGUAUCUAUCUAUCUAUCUAUCUAUCUAUCUAUCUAUCUAUCUAUCUAUCACUUUCACUCUCCAUAUAUAUCCGAGAAUUGAUUGCAUUUUGUCUGUGUUGCCCCAGUGCGCUAAAUAUUUGGUGUCGUUGAUGUUUGCGAAUAUUUUUUAUUUACUAACUGAAUUUAUCAGCUAUUGGUUCCGAUUAAAACGUUUAUUCAUUGGAUUUCUGUUCUUCCUUUUUACUUUCUUUCUCAACGUCUUUCUUUUCACUUUCUUUCUUUCUUUUUUACUUUCUUUGUUUCUUUCCUUCCUUCUUUCUUUCUUUUUACCCGCUUUCUUUCUUUUUCUUGUUUUCUUUCUUUUUUCUUUAUUUCUUUUUACUUGCUAUCUUUCUUUUUUUACUUUCAUUCCUUCUUUGUAUCUUUCUUUUUUUUACUUGCUUUCUUUCUUUUUACUUUCGUUCUUUCUUUCUUUUUACUUUCUUUCUUUUUUCUUUCUUUUUUUCUAUCUUUCUUCCUUUUUACUUUCUUUGUUACUGUCUUUCUUUUUACUUUCUUUCUUUUUACUUUCUUUCUUUCUUUUUACUUUCUUCUUUCUUUUUGCGUUUUUUUUCGUUUUUACUUGCUUUCUUUUUACUUUCUGUCGUUCUUUCUUUAUUUCUUUUUACUUUCUUUCCUUCUUUUUACUUGCGUUCUUUCUUUCUUUUUUCUUUCUUCCGUUCUUUCUUUCUUUGUUUCUUUCUUCAUUCAUUUUUAUUUACUUUCUUUCUUUCUUUCUUUCUUCCUUUCUUUCUUUCUUUCUUUUUAUUUACUUUUUUUCUUUGUACUACUAA